AAAACUACGGUUCCGGCUUUCGGUGGCUAUUCUUGCAUCUGCAAGCUCCACCACAGUCACAGCCACACGGCAGAAAAACGAACCGAGGAACAAUCCGGGUUCUGCAGGAACCCACUCCAACUGUGCGGCGCGUCCAAAAAUACAAAAGGCAAGCGAGCGAGCGAACUCCCAGUUCGGCUGCUCCAAUUCCACUCGGCAUGGCUCCUCAGGCGUGGGUCGUGGCGGAGAACGGCGAGGACCUCCAACAACCCAGGGAAUUCCUGCCGCUCUCUAAGCUUGAAGAUGUUGGCGUGUUGUAUUGGCAUUUGGACCCUAAGAAGUCUGAAAGCGAGGAGGAACUAGCAAAAAUACGCAGAGACAGAGGAUACAGUUACAUGGAUCUUAUUGAGAUAUGUCCCGACAAACUGGAAAACUAUGAGGAGAAGGUGAAGAACUUCUUCUGUGAGCACAUGCACGCUGACGAAGAGAUCCGCUAUUGCUUGGAGGGCAGCGGGUACUUUGACGUCCGUGACAAAGAUGACAAGUGGAUUCGAAUUCGGAUAAGGGAAGGAGACAUGAUCAUCCUACCAGCAGGAAUUUAUCAUCGGUUCACCCUCGACAGCGCUAAAUACACGAAGCUCAUGAGGCUUUUCAUUGGGGAACCAGUCUGGACCGCAUUAAACCGCCCUCAGGAGGACCACCCCGCGAGGCAAGAGUAUGUCAAGAAUGUGAGUGCGGGCACUGGAUUUGCUCUUGCAGCACACUGAAUCUGUCCCCCCCCCUUCCCGUGUAUAAGAAUAUAUGGUCACUUGGAUUCAUGUACCACGUCAUAGUAUCAACGUCAUAGUAUCAAAGUUUUAAAUAGCCGGCUAUAGCUUUUCGGAAGGUCCGGAGCUAAGAGAUGCACCAUUUAGCGCUAACCAAAAUUAGCCGCUAAUAGCCUUAUUUAGCCCGCUAAAUACACAACAUUAGCUCAAUUUAGCUGCUAAACACGCAAUAUUUUUUACUGUUCGAACCUUUGAAACAUUGAGGUCCAAAAACAAACUGUGGGCAGACCCUUUAACUUAA